AUGUUUGGACUACGACCAGAACAGAUCGAUGAAGGAGGACAGAUUCUACAGCAAUUGGCUAAUGAUUGGCGUGAAUUGCUUGCUGGAAGUGAGGGUUUCUUGACCGAUAGGAAGCGUCGCAGUUUGUUUAAGCAUAAUGUUGUCUGGGGUGAACAGGAUGUCAUGGGUAUGUUAUGCAUCCACUAUCGACGAAUACUUUGCCAUGUCAACAACGUCACCUAUGUUCGAUAUGCCGAGACCGCCCGAGUGAACUGGACGCGAAACAUCGGAACCUACAUCGAUCCUGCAAAUAAGAGAGAAUGGAUAAAUCUGGUUGGCUCUACGGGGGUCGGUCUCAUCCUGCGAAGCAUCAAGCCCAUGACAUCACCCGACAAGAUAACUGUCUACCAAAGGCUAGUCCCCGACCCAAACUCAUUCCUCUCCAGACAAUCUGCAUUCCAGCUGCAGGUCAUGAUCCUCUCGGAAGCCAAGCAACGUCCCGCUGCUCGUUGCCACGAGGAUAUUGUCACAUAUGACUACAAGAGGAACCAGAAGACGCACAAUCUUCCUCCUUUUGUCAUGGAACAGUUUAAGGUCAUCUAUGAAUUGCAGGAACAAGCCCAGAAGGAAUGGCAGCAGCAAAUUGCCGAGAUUGAGAAUCGGGUGCGGACUCUUGAACUUGAGAGCUGGGAUCGUGUGGAUGCCAUUGAGGAUAAUGGGUCUUCUUAA